AUGUUGAGGUGCAGGCCAUAUUAUGAAGGAGGUUAUCAACAGCCUUUAGGACCAUCACCUCAUAUGCAUGGUUAUAAAUUAAAUAGUAGCGGUCCUGGUGUACCAACAGGGCCUGGACCUACUGGACUAGGCGGAAUGGGUCCAAUGGGCAGUGGUAUGGGAUAUGCGGCCGGCGGAGGUGGUGCUGGUCAACCCGGUGGCUAUCCAUCACAAGGUCCUGGAGGAUAUCCACCUCCACGACCUCAUAUGCAAUUUCCCCAAAAUUAUCCACCUCCUACGAAUUCACAACCACCUCCUAAUAAUCAGUAUCAACCGGCCAGACCGAACAAUAUGGUGCAAUAUCCAUCUUAUCCGCAUAAAAUGGGAUUUAAUAGCGUAUCACCAGGUAUGCCACCGAGCCCAGGUCCUCCUCAAGGCUAUGUCUCUGCAGGUGGUGCAGGUUUAGUACCUCCAAAUGCACCAGGAAUGGGUGGAGGUAUUGGCAAUAUGGGUCCACCGACAAGUUCAAUGGGUCCACCACCACCUUCACCAAAUCAUAUUGGUAACCAACCAGGUCCACCCCCGCCGCCGCCACCACCUGGUCCAUCAAGCGGGCCAAUGCAUUCACACCCUCCUGCAGCUACACCGCCACUUAACCACGAGGGUAGUCCUAUGCCACCGCCAAGUACGACUCCAAAUUCACAUCCGGCACCAGCACCUACACCAACUAGCCAGAGUUCGGCUGAUCUCGCGGCUGAGACUUCCAAUGAUAGUGGAAUAACUACCACAGCGUCAGGCACCGCGGCAAUUAAUGUGACAUCAACAUCGAGCGGUACCGUUACAUCAGUCAUUACGACCGGCCCAGAUGGAACGUCAAUCGAUGAGGGCUCUCAGCAAUCGACUCUGUCAAAUGCUUCAGCAGUGUCUUUAGCAUCUGGUGAAGAUCCAGCGUUUACGCCAAAGACCCGUAAGGAAAUUUUUAACGCCUACCACAGUCAUCCAACAACACCGCAAAGCACCGUGCCAUCGCCCGGAGCCGCCAGCAUCAAUUCUGUCCAUGAAGAGUACCCGGAUAUUAACAGCCCCAGCUGGCCCCGUACACCCGCCAGUCCUGUGUUUAACAGUCAUGUGCCUCAAGACCCGUACAGAUCUAAGAAAUCUGAUAGCUUGGCCAAGCUAUACGAAAUGGAUGAUUCGAUAGAACGAAGAAAUUUCUUAGAUAAAUUAGUGGCAUUUAUGGAAGAAAAGAAAAUACCAAUUACAAGCUGUCCAACCAUCUCCAAGAACCCCCUCGAUCUAUUUCGACUCUACAUUUACGUAAAGGACAGGGGAGGCUUCGUGGAGGUAUGCAAGGUCACGAAAAACAAAACGUGGAAGGAUAUAGCAGGUUUACUCGGAAUCGGUGCAAGUAGUAGUGCAGCUUACACGUUGCGUAAACAUUAUGCAAAACAUCUACUUCCCUAUGAGUGUCAUUAUGAUCGUGGUGGAGUUGAUCCACAGUUAAUUAUCAAUCAGGUCGAAGCUGGUUCGAAGAAAAAGGGCGCUAAAAGUAUGGCAUCUGUACCAUCACCAGGCUCAUCUAAUUCUCAAGACUCUUUCCCUGCAGCUGGGUCGAGUAGUGCAUCAAUGGAUGGCUACGGUAAUUAUCAAGGCAACUAUCAGGGUGGCAAUCAAGGGGGUCCGCCAUCUGAGUACACACCUCCGCCGCCUAGACCGCCUAGUCAAAGCAGCGCACCUUCACUUCAUCAAGGAAUGCAACAAGGAAAUUAUCAGAAUGCAGGAUCGUAUCAGAAUUAUCCUCAAGACCAAUAUAUAAGACCGCAAGCUCCUUCGAUGGUUCAACAGGGGGAGUUUAAUCAACCAUACACACCGCGCUCGCAUUAUCCCCCUUAUGUGCCGGACGCUGACAGAAGUUACCCCGGCGGGAACAUUCCACCUAAUAGUGCUGGAGGUCAAGACAUGUAUAAUAGAUAUAGUGGAGGACAACAACCUUCAGGUUAUCCCGCUGGCUCAAAUCCUGUUGGCAGGAAUAGCAGUUACCCCACCUCAACACCAAGUCAUGGAGUUAAUGCGCCACAACCACCUUCCACAAGUCAAACAUCUUCACCCUCUCAAUCACCUGUCAAUCCAACUUACUCAUGUCCCCAAGAUUAUUACAGACAGGAACAGGGUGGGUAUGGAGCACCUGCUGGAAGCCAAAUGUAUCCUGCUGGUGGAGCAACGAACAAAAAUAUGCCACCACCACCUCCAGGCCCAACGCAGCCUAGACGUCAUCCCGACUUUGCCAAAGAUCAGCAGUAUCCUCAGUAUAACCAACCACGGUCUCCGUAUCCAGGGUGGCCAGGGGCAACUAAUCAGUAUAAUCCUGGCAGUGCGAAUAACAGGGUACCUUAUCCAAGUCAACAACCUCCACCGCAAUCACCGCAACAACCACAACCACCACCUUCGCAACCUCCAACCGUUUCAGCUAACACGGUUAGUCCAGUUGUCGGUAGUAUAAACAAUAAUACUCCGCAAUGGGCUAGUCAACAACCUCCAAGACCGUCAUCUCAGCCAAGUAUAAAUGCAAUGCCUCACGCACCACCACCAUGGGACAAUCGCUACUCGCAUCCACCUUCUUCUCUUUACCCAUCACCUGGCUCACAUCAGGUGAGGGCUACGUUACUGAGUCAAUUAAGUAUGAAUCCCAUAAUUAAUCAACAGUCAGUACCUAAAAGAGAAAUGACAUUCCCACCUGACAGCGUGGAAGCUGUUACACCAUUAUUAUACAAGAGACGUAAACUCACACGCGCUGAUGUUGCACCCGUGGAAGCUUGGCGAAUUAUGAUGGCAUUACGGUCUGGACUCCUUGCCGAGAGUUGUUGGGCUCUUGAUGUACUCAAUAUACUUUUAUUUGACGAUAGCUCGGUAAGCUACUUUGGUUUGAAUAAUCUUCCUGGAUUACUAGAUGUAUUACUAGAGCACUUUUCACGUUCUCUUUCUGAUAUGUUUGAUUCUUCGACAACAACUGAUGAAGAUCGUUGUGGAUUUGAUAAAAAUGCAGAUAGUCCUGAGGUCGAUCUUGGAGCUGUAUCGCGUCCAAUUGAUGCAGAAGAUCGUACAAAGCUACUUACUACCUCGAAUUAUACCUUCCUAUCUCGACGUGGACGACCAGUUAAAAUGGUGCCGCGUGAUGACGAUAUAUUUGUAUUAGAUACUCGUCGGCCGUGGGAUCAUACUGACGUUGAGCCAGAGGGUGAACCCUGGCAAGUCGAUCCUAAUGACACUAAAUAUAUUAUAACAUGUUUUCAAUCUGAAAUUGGUAUGGCACCAUUUGCAAGGCAUUUGAGAGAUGAAAAACCACCCCUUUUACAGAAAGAAGUCGAACAUACCGAAAUUAAAGAAGAAAGUAAAUCAGAUGCGUUACCUGAAAUUUUAGAAUGUCACAAUAAACCUGUUGAAACUCCUGACAAGUUGCGUGAAAAUGGUGAACGUAAACAUCAGACGGAGAAAAAGAAAAAGACAAAAACGUUGAGUGAUGUUCUUUCGAGGAUAAAAAAGGAGCCAACGGAGAUGAAUGAUCUGACAAGAGAACUUUUUGAAAAGAAAAACGAUGGUUCAAAAAGAGAUUGCGAUCCUGAGAGUAAGCCAAAUAAUAAUAUGAGCGAACACAUUGUCUUUUCGAAAUCAGAAGAAGACUCGCUUCCAACUCCUAAUGGCCUCAGUGACUCAGCAAGUACGUUUGAAUCUGAAAAACGUGAAAUAAAAGUCGAAGAACCGGAACAAGAAAACGAGGAUGAUGCAACGAAGAUAACAACAUCAACAGCAACAACAACAUCUUCUCCUAGUAUAACAAAAGCAGCAAUAAAUACAACAACAUCUAGUUUGACAACUACAACUGCAACAACAACUAUCACUACAACUAUGACUACUGGUGAAGAAGAAAAUAAAGAGGGACCAAAAUUAAAUAUAAGAGAUCCGGCAGGUACUCUUAAACGAAAACGAAUAAGUGAUUAUGAAGAUGAAAGUUAUUCAAGAGAUGAAGCGAGUCUUUAUCUUGUUACUGAAAGUCAAGAUAGUCUUGCACGACGAUGUGUUUGUCUCUCAACGAUACUCCGUAAUUUAACUUUUAUUCCUGGAAAUGAAAUAGAAUUCGCAAAGAAUGUCACUUUUCUCAGUAUACUUGGUAAACUUCUACUGCUUCAUCAUGAACAUCCAGUACGAACGCAGAAAACCAGAAAUUAUGACCGUGAAGAGGACGCUGAUUUUGCUGAUUCUUGUAGCAGUCUUCAAGGUGAAAAUGAGUGGUGGUGGGACUUUCUAUAUCAUAUACGAGAAAAUGUUCUUGUAAUGGCAGCGAAUAUUGCUGGUCAGACAGAUUUAAGUCAGCAUCCUGAAGAAAUAUCGCGACCGGUCUUAGACGGGCUUCUUCAUUGGGCUGUGUGUCCAGCAGCUCAUGGACAAGAUCCAUUUCCCACAGUAAAUUUCGCAAGUUCACUAUCACCACAAAGAUUAGCCCUCGAAGCGCUCUGUAAACUCUGUGUCACCGAGAGCAAUGUUGAUCUGGUUGUUGCUACACCACCUUACUCAAGACUUCAGAGACUUUGCUCAGUGUUAACGAGGUUGCUUUGUCGAAGUGAGGAACAAGUGUUACGUGAAUUCGGUGUUAAUUUAUUACACUUCCUCUCAGCAGCUGACAGUGGAGUAGCACGAACAAUUGCUCUUCAAACACCAUGCGUAGCACUUCUUGUCGCGUUUAUUGAACAGGCUGAAUCUUGUGCUUUAGGAGUCGCUAAUCAGCAUGGGUUAACUGCUUUGAGAGAUAAUCCAGAAUCAAUGGGUACAAGUCUGGACAUGCUGAGACGUGCAGCUGGUACUUUAUUGAAUCUCGCGAGGCAUCCAGAUAACAGAACAUUAUUAUUACAACAUGAAUCGCGUCUUCUAGCACUUGUUAUGAGUCAGAUACUCGAUCAGCAGGUGGCUGCUAUUGUUGCACGUGUGUUGUUCCAAUGCUCUAGGGGUACGUAACUUACAUAAUGAAAAUUUAAUUAAACUUUAAUUGAAGGAUAUUAAUUCAUUAUUUUAAUACACGCGUUUAUAUUUUACGGGUUAUUAUUAUGGACAUAAGACAUAUAAAGGUAUAUUCGCGUGUAGUGUUACAAGAAAGACUAUUAACUUUCGAGUGAAUAGAAUGAUUCAAUAAUUAAGUGAGUGAAUAUCGUGCUCCAUGACCGAUUAACCUUCACCAUAAAAGAGAUAUAAAUAUAUAUACCCUUUGAAUUAUUAAUAUAUAUAUCUCAUGAAGGUCAACUAAUUAAAGUGAAACUAAUUGUGUAAUGAAAUAAUAAUUAAAAAGUAAAAAAGAACUCCUACAAUUUUUCUGUGUCUGACAGUGCAGUUGUAGUUUUAUAUCGAGUUAUUAAAGAAAAAUAAUAACUAAAAUUAAAAGAAAAUAAAUAAAUAAAUCAUUUAAAAAGUAAAUAAAAUAUUAAUUAUAACAAUAACUAUAAAAAAAGAAUUAAUGCUGAUAAUCGGUGUUAGCGUAUUAGGUAUAAAAGUGGUCUGAUGUUCACCAUUUAUAUACCUUCGAUUUGUGAAAUUGAAAUAAUAUCGAUAGUUUAAGAUAUUUCAUAAUUGAUGAAGAGACUUUUAAGUAAUGAAACAGCGUUUGCAUAAUAAUGAUAAGUAUGAUAAUUAUAAUAAUAUUAAUAAUAUAUUAAUGAAAAUGAAAAAAAAAAAAAAAAUACAAAAAAAAAGAUUUAAUACCUUACUUUCGUGAAUUAAAUUACCAACAAUAAAUUGUCACUGUGAACCAAUGGUGCAUCAUUAAAUAAUGCUGAUUAUUAAUUUGGAAGAUUAAUGGUUAAUAGAUACGCGAGAAGAUAAUUAAGAAAUGAAAUGAGGAUUAAAUGACUAGAAGACGAAUAAUAAUAAAAAUAAUUAUGAAAUAUACGUCGAUUGACGAUUUAUUAUAAAUGUUACAAUAAUAUAAUGCAAAUUGUGCUGUAAUUAGCAAGUAAUUAAGAUAUUUUGUAGAUAACAUACACUUCCAUUGAAUCUUAUUAACUAUUUCUUUUUUGCGUCUGCAAUAUGCAGCAGCUGAAGAUAAUAAAGCGUGGAACAAGUUUCCACUAAAAGUCUCACCUUUAGUAAAAACAAAAAGAUAUAAAA